ACACAUUGCAACAUCUUACGAUGGAAUGGGACGACAUUAAGGACAAAAUCUCGGUCCCGAUAUACGUGGCAAUCACACUGGCGAUGUUCCUGUUCGAUAAAUACGGCAAAUUAUAAACCCUAAUGACAGGAUGAACACGGUAGCCAAGACCACAAAGUCUUCCGAUGAGGAGAACGAGCCCGAGGCGUCAACGGAGCAAAGAAAUUCGUACACCCAGCAAAGGCACAGCUCGAGCAAUGCCCUGGCAAAAAUAUCGGCCGUUACAGUCGAUCAGCGACGGGCUUCGGCAGUCGGACAAGCGACAAUUUCUUCGGUACCAAAACACGAGCAACUGGCCGAAGACACGCGGACGAAAUCCACCCACAUGGUGGUGACGAACGUCAUGAGGAUUUCCGGCAGCGAAUUGGAACCCAACCUGCAGAAUUACGAGGAAACGCAAAGUGGGCAGAUGGAAAAAGCUUACAAAAAAGAAACUAACGAACAGAAACGGGUAAUGGUUCAAGAAGUCCCGAAGGAUGAACAAGACACAACUGACGAUCGUGUCGCCAAGAAUAAACCACGGAUACAACCGUUUAUGGGCAAGGCGGUACCGGACGCUUCGGAUAUCGAAAGCACGACCCCAGUCAGCCGGUGGCCGAUUGGCAAUAAAGGUUCCGCGAGCGGUGCGAACGUGAGGAGUUUGACGAUGGAUCAUCAACCGGCGAUAACAUUAUCCAGCCUAGAAGCGGCCUGUUUUUCGAGCGUUUUACAGGAAUGUCUCGAUUUCCUGAACAUCCUGCGCUACGUGAUUCCAGCUGAGGUUGACGAACGUUGGGACGAACGUUACAAGACUAUUGCAGAACUUUACGGCGUGCCGGAUGAGCCGAAAAUGAUAUUUCGCGAAGACAUGGGGCUUCUGCCACUGAUACCCAGUGUUGCGGAAAAGAUUCAGCGCGACAGGACUUACGCGUACGAAAUACUGAGGAGGACGACCAGUAACAUCAGGGACAAUAAAACAUUCGAAUCUCUGGAACUGGUUAUCGACGACAUUGUCAAAACGCAAGAAGGGGAACGAGAAUUGCAGAUAAACUGGGAGCUUUGGACGGAGCAGGCUAAACAACUGCAAGAUCUCGUAGACUACGAUAAACUAGAAUUUGAAGAUUCGCGGAAGCAACGAACCGAGAUGGUUCAGAAGGUGAACGCCGACGUGGACAACUCGAUAUUUUUCAACGGAUCUCAACUUGGAUACGUGGAGAGAUGGGAAGACGCUCAACUUGAAAAGCAGGAAUUGAAGCUGGCGCAAAAAGAAGAGCAACUGCUAAACCUCAAGGCAAACUGUGAAAAAUUGGAAAAGGCUGAUCAGAUAGUAUCCGGUGAAGUGCGAACUUAUCUCGAGGCAAACACUCGAGAAAUGGAAGAUGAGAUUAUAUCUUGGACAAGCCAAUACAUCGAGGAGCUUGAAAGACGAGAACAGGAAAUGACCGAACUAAAGGAUCACAUUGAAGGUCAAUUAGUUGAACUAGAGGAACUGAGCUUGUUGAGAGAUGCGAGGCAGGUUUUCAUCGAUGAAGUACUAGCGGAAAAGGAGCGUGUCAAAAAGGAGGAGGAAUACUGGCGCGAAAUUCAUCGAGUUGCCACCCUCAUUCAGGCACAGUGGAGGGGGUACAUGGUUCGAAAACAAAUCGGCCCCUUCAAAGGGCUCCGAGCACGGUUGAAGAAGCGCAAAGGCAAGGGUAGCAAAGCCCAGAAGAAGGCUGGAAAAGGACGUAAAAAGCCUGGAACUUCACCCUCGAAAAAGAAAAAAUAA